AACUGAGCUCUAACCAAUCAGGAGCAGCGUUCUUAAAACGGGUAUGAGCUUUAAUUUGUCUGUGUGCGUGCUUUAUUGUGAAAAUCUGACCCGGAAAUCACGUGUUUUGUAGUUUGUCCUGGUCGUUGCGGCUCAGGCCGGUGUUAUAACGCAGUAAGGUCACAGAGGAGCUGCUCACAGAGAGCCGGGAGACGUACCUGUGACGGUGGAAUAGGACAAACAGGUGAAGCAGCGGAGCCGGUCCGAACCGGUCUGAGCGGAACUCCGUCAGGCAAACAUCUUCUUUAAGACCCUGAAUGAGAAGAAACGGGUGAAGCUGAGCCUCGUGGUGUGUUCAGAGUGGACGUGUGAGGGAGUGCAGCCGGAGACACGCCGGUGUUGGAGCGUCAUGUGUGCGUAGCUGCCCUCUGAUUGGACUCUUGUCUCUGCUGACUCGGUCUGAUGUUGCGGCACAGUAAGCUGCAGAAGCAGGUCCUCGCUCUGUACCGGCAGUUCCUGCGAGCCGGGCGGGACAAACCGGGCUUCGUCCCCCGAAUCCGCGACGAGUUCAGAGAGAACUCCCGCAUCAAGAAGACGGACGUGAUGCACAUCGAGUAUCUGUACCGACGGGGCCAGCGGCAGCUGGAGCAGCUGAGGGACGUCAACACCAAACAGCUGGGCUCCUUCUCCAAACCCAAAGAGUGCGGCUGAAACCGUGUGACCUCUGAAUCGCACCGCCGUACCUCUGAAAGACGCUGGCGCCAUCAAACUGCUGCCAUCGUGCUCAGGAGAUGGGCUAUGAAGGCCGCAGCAGCGAUAGAAGCUGCAGUGAAACAAAUGUUGACAGUAAUGAAUUUUAUCUGAUGUCUGUAACAAUAAAACGUGUCUGUGAUGAAGACGAACUCA